CACUACUCGUUGAGUCGUUGUCAGUUCCAAAAUUGAAAAUUGAAUCCCUUUCAACCCUUCCCUUUCCGCCGCGCCACGCCCCGCCAUUUUUUCUGCCACUUCUUCUCUUCCGUCGCUGCAGUUCCGCCGUGAACCAACGGCCAGCCUUCGCCGCGCUUCUGCUCCAGAGUCUAUAAAUCAAGUUAACCAGAAUCAUGUCAGCUCCGGAUGCAUUGCCAGAUAACGAAUCAAAUGCAAGUCCUACAGUUAGAGAAGUUCAGCUAACUACAUAUGAGCCUGAUGAAGGAUGUGAUGAUAAUGGUCUUAAAGUUGAGAGUGAUGAAGAUGGGGAGGAAAAUCUACGUGCCACAAAGAAAAGAAAAUGCACGUCGAAAAUAUGGGGCGGUUUCAAAGAGGUAACUCUUGCAAAUGGGAUAGUGAAGGCUGAGUGCAUCUAUUGUAGUGAUCGACUCCCAUUCAACAAGACUGGUUCUACAGGGCAUUUAGAUAGACAUCUCACCGAGUGCUAUCAGAAAAUUGUUGUUGAGAAACCUAAACAGCCUGGUUUCGAGUAUGAUCAUGAAGAGUUUAGGGAGACUCUCUCUCAUAUGAUUAUUGUGCAUGAGUUGUCAUUCAGUUUUGCAGAAUCUAAAUUAUUCAAUUCAUUGAUGGAAUCUGUUAAUCCCCACUAUAAGAAAGUUAGUUGUGCCAGAGCGAAAAAAGAUUGCCUAGUUGCUUUUGAAAUCGAGAAGGAGGAAUUGAAGACGGAUUUGGAUAAUGCGAAUAGAGUCAAUGUGAGUACAGAUUUAUGGAAGUCGGGUGAAGAUGUUUUAUACAUGGUUGUCAGCUGUCAGUAUAUGGACUUUGAUAUGAAUUUGCAGAAGCGUAUUCUCAACUUUUGUGAAGUUCCUCCACCUCAUUCUGGUCGUGUGAUUUCUGAUGUGUUGCACAAAUGUUUGGUUGAGUGGGAAAUUGAGAAAAAGGUUUGGACGAUAACUGUUGACAAUGCUGCUUGCAAUGAUGCUGCUGUUCGGAUCUUGAUGGAGAAUCUUUCGUUAAACAACAAUCUGCCUUUCAAUGGUAAAUUAUUUCCUGUGAAAUGUUAUGCUCAUAUGCUUAAUCUUGUGGUGCAAGAUGGACUAUGUGCAAUCGAGGAUGUAAUUAUCAAGGUUCGUGAAAGUGUAAAGUAUGUAGUUGCUUCAGAGACGCGCAUCAGUAUGUUUAGUGAGAUUGCAAAAGAAUCAGCGUUAUCUUCUAAGAAGCUCGUUUUGGAUUGUUGCACGAGGUGGAAUGCAACAUACUCUAUGUUGUCAGCUGCUUUAGAUUUGAAAGAUGUUUUUUCAAAGUAUCAACAAAGAGAUACUUCAUUUACUUUAUUGCCAAGUGAGGAGGAAUGGAAUAAAGUUCGUGUGGUUUGUUCGCUUCUUAAAAAUUCUAUGCAAGCCAUUCACCUCAGCCAAGGUACUGAAUAUACAACUUCAAAUUGUGUUGGGGUGGACUUUGUAUGUCUUAGGAGGCAUUUGAGUAAACUAAAUGUGGGUGAAGAUACUUGCAUGAUAGAUAUGGUUACGAAGAUGAAGGUUAGAUUUGAUAAAUAUUGGAGCGAAUGCAACUUAUUGAUGUGUAUAGCAGUUGUUUUAGAUCCAAGGUUCAAGAUGUUUAUUAUUGAUUGGUGUUUCAAAGAUAUUUAUUCUACUACUGAGGCAGCUGAGCGUAGAAUCGCAUUUCUUGAGACACUGCAUUUGCUUUACAAUGAGUAUGUUGAGGCCGACGAAGCUAACAAAGCUAAAACUGAUAAAAGUUCUAGUGAUCAUGGUGGUGGAGGAAAAUUUUUAGACGAUAUUGAAGCUGAAUAUCUUGAAUAUUUGAAAAACGAGCCGAGUAAAUCUGAUUUAGAUGUGUAUUUGUCGGAUAAAAAAGAAAGACCUCCUAAUUCCAAUCAUGAUGAGUUUGAUGCAAUCUCAUGGUGGAAGACGGAUAGUUCAGUGUAUAGGUAUGGGAUCUUGUCGAAGAUGGCUUGUGACGUGCUUUCAAUUUCAAUGACUACUGUGACUUCAGACUCAGCUUUUGAUGCUGGCAAUAGGGUUAUUGAUCCACGUUAUGCCUCUAUGGGAGUGGAUAGAGCGCAAUUUUUACUUUGUGGAGGAGAUUGGUUGCGAAAUCGUUUUGAUAUUAAGAGAACGACCCAAGAAAAGAAGAGCAUCCAAGAGUUUAAUCUAGCUUGAGACUUGGGAGCUUUUAUGAGCAUUGGAGAAGAACGAAUUACGGCAACUCUUAUCGAAGAGUGGCUUAUGGUGUUUUGCUAACCCCUUGAGUGAAUGAACUUGCGUUAUUACCUCAGUGUUUGAUUCUUGUGGAGGCUUUUUUCUUCUUAUAUAUACUGUUUUCUUCAUUAUGUUGUUUUCGGUUU